AAACCUCCCCAGAGCUGCCUCUGCCCUGGGAGCUCCCUGGGGACCCGCAGGUGUUGCUGCGCCUCCAGGCCCGAGCUGGCCAGAGGGACCCGACUUACCCCACCCUCACCAGGAAGUCAGCGUUUUAUGCUGCUUCAGUGGCAGGCCCCAGCGACUGCCGGCAGGGGGCCUUCCUGGGGGGCUGGAGGCCAGCAGGGGCCUGACCUGAAGCAGCUGCAGGGAGGGCGACUUGCAUGCCGAGCGCCCCGCACCAUGGACGGCGGCCAGCCCAGCUCGGAGCCCGCGGCCGGGGCUUCCGGCGUCCCCUGCCACAGAGUGGUCGCGCCGCUGCGCGCUGUGGUCCGCCUGCGCCGCCGCGUGUGCCUUCUGCGCAAGCGGCGCCUCCUGCCGACCGGCGUGGGUCCGCCCCCUGGGCCCGGGGCGCCCCGGCCGGGCUGCAGCUCCGGGGCGCCGUGCGCGGACCUGGACCAGCCAAGAUUCUUCACCUUCGACGGCCCGGCGGAGCUGACCUCCAGGACGCCGCGCAAGAGGCGCCGGCGCAGCCGCGUGGUGCUCUACCCCGAGACCUCGCGCAAGUGCCGGCCACGCGCGGAGCGUCGGAGCCGCGCUCAGCACUGCCUGUUGCUGCUCGUGGCCAUCGUGGGCUUCCAGGUGCUCAACGCCAUCGAGAACCUGGACGAUAACGCGCAGCGCUACGACCUUGACGGGCUGGAGAAGGAGCUGCAGCGCUCAGUGUUCGGCCAGCCGGCAGCCGUGGGACGCAUCGUGGCUCUGCUGCGGGACUACCUGGCCACGCACGUGCACAGCCGCCCACUGCUGCUGGCAAUUCACGGGCCCAGCGGCGUGGGCAAGAGCCAUGUGGGCCGCCUGCUGGCGCGCCACUUCCGCGCGGUGCUCGAGGACGGUGCGCUUGUGCUGCAGUAUCACGCCCGGCACCACUGCCCCGGGCCGCACGCCGCGCAUGACUGCCGCGAGGAGCUGGCACGGCGCGUGGCCGAGGUGGUGGCCCUGGCGGAGCUAGAGGAGAAGACCCCGCUCCUGGUGCUGGACGAGGUGGAGCUCACGCCGCCGGAGCUGCUGGACGAGCUGCACGGCUUCCUGCAGCCGCAGCGCUCGCACCACUUUCGUAACGCCAUCUACGUGCUCCUCAGCGGCGUGGGAGGCGCAGAGGUCACGCGCUUCGUGCUGCAGAACGCGUCCCAUGCGCUGCCCCUGACCCGCGACGGCGCCCCCAGCACCCGGGCCGCAGCGGCGGCGCUGCAGACAGAGGAGGAGCUGCGCGUCGCCCUGAGGGCGUUCCUGGUCCGCGAGCACCCGCUGUGGCAGGCCGCGGCCAUCGUGCCUUUCCUGCUGCUGGACAAGCGGGACGUGGUCAGCUGCUUCCGGGACGAGAUGGCCGGGGAGGGCUUCUUUCCCGAGCAGGCCCGCGCCGAGUCCCUGGCCGCACAGCUCAGCUAUUACCGCAUCGCCGGCCGCGAGUUUGCUGUCACUGGCUGCAAGCAGGUGGUGGCCAGGGUGAAUCUCUUGUAGCCUAGGCGCAGCCGGACCCAGUGGACACUAGCUCGACGUUUGGGUCGAUGGCAGUAACCCAGUGGAGGGGAUUCUGUGGAUUUGCCCCAGGCCCCUGAGGCUCCUAAUAAAUCUAUGCCCCCCUUCCCCCACC